AUGAAUAUGUAUGUUCCGAUGGUUUCGGAGUUGGAUUCACUGGUGAAGAAGCUGGUUUUGGGAAGCCUUGGCGUAGACAAGUAUUUGGAUUCACUAGCGAAGUCGGUCAAGUACAAUUUGCGCGUCAUGAGAUAUGCAGCUUCUGCGACUGAGGAGUCCAAGAAGGCUGAUACUUCGUGCCAUCGGGACACGAACUUCGUGACCAUACUUCACCAAAAUCAUGUGAACGGAUUGGAAGUGCAGACUAAGGACGGACGCUGGAUCGAGGUCGCCUUUUCCUCCGCUUCCUCUUUCGUUGUCAUCAGUGGGGAGUCAUUCUACGGAUGGAGCAAUGGGAGAAUACACAGCCCUUGUCACCGUGUAAAGAUAAGCGGGCACGAACUACGAUACUCCAUAGGACUCUUCUCUUCCAAUCAAGGCACCGUUCAAUGUCCUGAUGAGCAUGUGGAUGACCAACACCCUUUGCUUUUUAAGCCCUUCGAUAUUGCCGGUCUCUCCCGCAUCUACAAGACCAAAGAGGGCCUAAUGGGAGCUUCGGCGAUGGAUACCUUUUACAAAGUUUAA